CCAGUUAAAUCUGUUACAACUGUUCAAGCAAUUGCUGGAGUAGAUUCGAUCUUAGAUUUUAUUGAACAGCCUAAUGCAAAUAUUAAAAUUAAUAUUAAAGUAUUUGCUGAACUUAAACGAAUUCGAAAAGAACUU